AUGGCGUCUCUGCUAGGUGAAGUCCUGUUUGAAGUCGAUGGACAGGGUCCAGCUCCCUCUAAAGACUUUUACCAACUUGUUAUCACACAAAAAGAGGUUAUAUGGAGGUGGUGGAAGAUCUCAAUCCGGAGUGAAUUCAGAGGGACACCACCAGGAGAGAUAAAACAGUCCCACAAUGACUUUGUACAGGAUUCAGCACUACAGGAGCAGUUAGGUGUGGUGUUUGGACGUAGGAUUUUGGAUUACACCUUGUCUCUGUGCCAAGGAGUCUUUGACUACCUGGAGCGUUUACCUGACCAGCUGCUCCUAAAAGUUCUUUCUUAUGUGUCCGUCCAGGACAUUGGUCAUCUCAGCCAAACUUCAAGAAGGUUUAUGAAGGUCAGAACAACAUUCAACACUUAAGAGAACUACAUUUUGAUUGUGUUUUAUUAUUAG